AUGUCGUCUUUGCGGGUUCUGGCAGUCGGAAACAACUGCAAUGUGAUGCUGUAUGCAUGGCGCAUACAGCAGUCAAAAAGUGUGAAGCUUGUCCAUGUGGGAGACACGGAAAGCGGGGAUAUUACAAUAGAAACCAGCCAGUACGGAAACGAGAGAUUUCGGUUCCCUAGCCAUUAUGCUGAUGUUAAGCAGCUAGUCAGUGGUAAGCAAGCGGAGACUUUCGACCUCGUUAUUAUGAGCGCUGCGUCGUUGCAGGAGAUGUCAUCGCUUGCUGCACAACUCAAUCCGAUGCUUACCCCCAACACUAAGAUUCUGGUCGAAAGCACCGGGUUUGUUCACUUGGAGCCAUUCGUCAAGAUGUCUAUCGAGUUUUCGCAGCUAAAGGUGUUUUCCGUCAUGACCGACAUUGACUUUCGGCAGAUUGGCCCCAGUCAUUACCGGCAGUACAACGCACACGGACCCAGUACAUUCUACCUAGGCGAAUCUGGUGUCAAGUCCUCUGUCUCAUCUACCUCUGAUGGGAAAUACCCCAAGGAGAGCAUCGCAUUACUCGAGACGUUCAAGCGUCUCUUCAUGAAGCUGUUCCCGCAGGACCAAGUGGAUGACUGCAACCAUUCGUAUCUUGACUUUUUGUCCCAGCAGUGGAAACUGGCCUUGCCACGCAUUUGUUUUGAUCCUCUUCUCAUCUUGCUGGAAAAUUCCAGGCCUCAGGAGCUCAAUGAUCAAAUUCUGGCAAAACCCCUCAUUUCCGGACUAGUCACUGAAAUUAUCACAGUGACAAAAACCAUGGGCGCCAAGCUCCCUGCCGGUUUUGACAAUGAAAACGAUUUGCUGAUACACUGGCUCAAAACCAAUGGUAAUGAAAUACCGCAACUUGCGUUUCAUUUCCUCCGCAGAACAGCGCCCCUCAAUACAGACAUGUUGCUGUUACAACCAAUUCUUUUGGCUGAUGACUACGGUAUCAAAACUCCCUAUCUGGAGUUUUUGUAUUCUAUGAUGUGCCAAUAUCAAAAACUUAAUAGCGGCGAAUCCAAGUGGUUUUGUCGUUCGGAUGUGCCGACUGAACUGAUGCGCAAGGUCUCAAAACUCGAGGGGGAAUCAGGUGAGCUAAAAGCUGCGCUUAAGGCUGCACAUGAGGCUUUGGAGGGUACUAAGAGGCGCUAUGCUGAUGGGCUCGGUGUGAAAGCUGAACAAGAAAAUCAUAUGAAGUCAGAAAUUGCAAAUUUGCAACGACACAUCGCGAAAUUGAACAGCGAUCUGAAAGAAGAACAGCAGAAGGUCGUGGUAGCUAACUCGCAGCGCCAGCAAUUCCAGAAAGAGCAAACUCCCGUUAACACAAUUCCUUCAGAGCCCAACUAUACAACGACCGGAACUCCGAUCAUACCCGACCUUGAGGAUUUGGCGGCCUACGGCGUACAAUACGACGCAACUCCACCCCAUUCCAAGCCUGAAGCCAAGAGUCCAGAAAUGCAGGUGGCGGCGCCAGAGAAUCCACCUACUAGCCAAGAUGAGAAUCAGACACUAUUGCGGGAGCGCGAACUUGAACUCCACAAAAAAGAACUUGAGCUGCAAGAAAAAGAGCUAGAGCUACAGAGAAGAGCUGCAGCGAGACCUAGACCAACAAAGUUUCACAGUGGGCCGCCUUCCACAAUGCCACACAUGCAAAGUGCUCCAAAUGGCCAUGCGCCAAGAAAGCCAUCAGUGCCUCAAUUAACAGGAAGGAACAGCAGGCAGAUGCAUGGCGCCGCGCCUGUUGUUAGCCCAGGUUUGGUUGAUCCUGUAUCUUCGUUGCACAACGGGAACAGUACUGCAAGUAUGAUGCAACAGCCUAUGCACAUGCCAGGGGGGCCUCACGCUCACCAUCCUCAUCAGUUCAAGACAACAAGUAGGAAAAACAGGCGCAGUAACAUGCCAAACUUGAGACAUGCCUCCAGUGUCGAUGUGCUAUCUAUGUCCGGAUCAGGUACUGCUCCACCAGGGGCAGCUAACCUCUCUGGCGUGACUAACUCUGGAACCAAGCUUAAUUCCAUGGUGGGAAGCGGGCCACCACCUGUGGUAUUGAACAGGUUUCAAAAUGGUAGCGGGCUGCAGAUGAACAACUCAACAAACGCUCACACGCCCGUGUCAGGACCCGCUUUUGCUCUCGGAGGUCCUGCUAAUCAGCAAAGGCAAGUCAGCACCAGCACUGUCAUUGCUGAGGGUCACCCUAACGCUAAUACUUCGACGCACUCGGUUGUUCACAACCCGGUAGCCCAGAUUGUUGUCAAUGGUACUUCCAGCGGAUCAUCUACCUCAAAUGGGUCCACUCCUAUAAUGGCUGUGAAUGACAACGCUAAUGUCUCACACCCGCCAGCUUUGUCGAUGAUGCAGCCCGGCGAAGUGACAAAUGGGCAACCAAACGGAUAUUCUAAUGGAUACUCAAACGGACACACCAGUGGUCUAUCUAACGGACAUUCAGACGAUCUAGGCAAUGACGAUGGCGCCAGCCCGUCUUCUGAGUUCGACAUAUCGUCUGUGGACACCGGCCGGAAGAAGUCGAAGUUUGGUCUAUUCGGCAAGAAGGACAAGAAAAAAAAGGGCAAAAAGUGA